GUCCCGGCCCCGGAGUGCGAUAUUAACCCGGGAGGCGGCGGCGGGGAGGGGAGAGGCUCUGAGAGGCGAGGCCGGGUGAGGCGGCGAGGGCGGCCCGACGGGCGCGGGACGGGACGGGGCAGCGCGGGCGCCGGGAGCCGCGGCCCGGAGUCGGGGCGCUUCGCCCCGGGCCCCCAAGCAUGAAGACCCCGGCGGACACAGGGUUUGCCUUCCCGGAUUGGGCCUACAAGCCAGAGUCGUCCCCUGGCUCAAGGCAGAUCCAGCUGUGGCACUUUAUCCUGGAGCUGCUUCGGAAGGAGGAGUACCAGGGCGUCAUUGCCUGGCAGGGGGACUACGGGGAAUUCGUCAUCAAGGACCCUGACGAGGUGGCCCGGCUGUGGGGCGUCCGCAAGUGCAAGCCCCAGAUGAAUUACGACAAGCUGAGCCGGGCCCUGCGCUAUUACUAUAACAAGCGCAUUCUGCACAAGACCAAGGGGAAACGGUUCACCUACAAGUUCAAUUUCAACAAACUGGUGCUGGUUAAUUACCCUUUCAUUGAUGUGGGGUUGGCUGGGGGUGCGGUGCCCCAGAGUGCCCCGCCAGUGCCGUCGGGCAGUAGCCACUUCCGCUUCCCUCCCUCUACGCCCUCCGAGGUGCUGUCCCCCACUGAGGACCCCCGCUCACCACCUGCCUGCUCUUCAUCCUCAUCAUCCCUUUUCUCGGCUGUGGUGGCUCGCCGCCUGGGCCGAGGCUCAGUCAGUGACUGUAGUGAUGGCACGUCAGAGCUGGAGGAACCGCUGGGAGAGGAUCCCCGGGCCCGACCACCCGGCCCUCCGGAUCUGGGUGCCUUCCGAGGGCCCCCGUUGGCCCGCCUGCCCCAUGACCCUGGUGUCUUCCGCGUCUACCCCCGGCCUCGGGGUGGCCCUGAACCCCUCAGCCCCUUCCCUGUGUCUCCUCUGGCCGGGCCUGGCUCCCUGCUGCCCCCUCAGCUCUCCCCAGCUCUGCCCAUGACGCCCACCCACCUGGCCUACACUCCCUCGCCCACGCUGAGCCCUAUGUACCCCAGUGGUGGCGGGGGGCCCAGUGGCUCAGGGGGAGGCUCUCACUUCUCCUUCAGCCCUGAGGACAUGAAACGGUACCUGCAGGCCCACACCCAAAGCGUCUACAACUACCACCUCAGCCCCCGCGCCUUUCUGCACUACCCUGGGCUGGUGGUGCCCCAGCCCCAGCGCCCCGACAAGUGCCCACUGCCGCCCAUGGCGCCCGAAACCCCACCGGUCCCCUCCUCGGCCUCGUCAUCCUCUUCUUCUUCUUCCUCUCCAUUCAAGUUUAAGCUCCAGCCGCCCCCACUCGGACGCCGACAGCGGGCAGCUGGGGAGAAGGCCCCAGCCAGUGCUGACAAGAGCGGUGGUGGCGCAGGCGGGCUGGCCCCACCGCCCCCCCCACCUCAGAUCAAGGUGGAGCCCAUCUCGGAAGGCGAGUCGGAGGAGGUGGAGGUGACUGACAUUAGUGAUGAGGAUGAGGAAGAUGGGGAGGUGUUCAAGACGCCCCGUGCCCCACCUGCACCCCCCAAGCCCGAACCUGGCGAGGCACCCGGGGCGGCCCAGUGCAUGCCUCUCAAGCUGCGCUUUAAGCGGCGCUGGAGUGAAGACUGUCGCCUGGAAGGGGGUGGGGGCCCCACUGGGGUCUUUGAGGAUGAGGGAGAGGACAAAAAGGUGCGUGGGGAGGAGGCCGGGGGGCCCCUCACCCCAAGGCGGGUGAGCUCUGACCUCCAGCAUGCCACGGCCCAGCUCUCCCUGGAGCACCGAGACUCCUGAGGGCUGUGGGCAGGGGACCCACGUUCCCCCCCACCCCCCAUGCUUCUUUUGCUGCCUUAAGCCCCCUGUGCCCUGGAGGUGAGGGCAGCUCUCUUGUCUCUUCCCUGCCUCCUCCCUUCCCCCUCCCCACAUUUUGUAUAAAACAUUAAUUUCUUUUUUUUAAAUGGUGGGGGUGGGUGGGUGCCCAGGGCUAGGGGCUGUUCCCUGUCUCUGUGGGUUUCUAAGCUCUGGGCAAAGUGGUGGUAGCGGGGAGGGAAGGGGAUGUUAGGGGGGCCACCUCCAUUCUGGGGAAUUUAUAUUUGAAUUGAGGCUCUGGCCUUAACACCCAGGAACUUUUUUAUUACAAUCGCUUAGGAAGUAAAGCCUUGUUGCCCUCCCUGUUCUCUGCCUCUUGUACCUUUCCCCCUGUGCCCCACCCCUAGCCCUCCUCAGCCCCAGCCCUGCCUGCCCUGCCCCUCCAGGGGGCCAUGAGUGCCUAGGUUUCUCAUAUCCCACAAGGUCACAGCAGGGGAGGGAGGGACAGUUUGAUGAUGAACCAAAAAUUCCAUGUGUUGGGGGAGGGGGGGUGGAGGGCGGUGAGGGGUACCACCCAUGGGCCACAAAUCUUAACAAGUGCCUGCUAUCCCUCUCCCACUCCACCCCUGCACCCAUCCAGCCCCUUCACCCCCAGCUGCUCCUAGGACUGGCCCAUGGGCAGGUGGGUGGGGGGAUGGGAAGGGGGUGCCCUGAAACCAAACUGGAAGCCCCCUCUGCCUCCCAGCUGGGGCCUCUGGGGUGGGAUGGGAGGCUGUGGUCAAGCCUUAUUCUGUAUUGGGGACUGAGGGUGGGGGGAGUAGAGGGGCCGCUGGAGAAUGUAUUCAAAACAAUAAAACUUUGGACCUUUGGA